CCGGCCCGGUGCCCGCAGUCCCCGCCUCCUCGGCCGCCGCCUCCACGGGGCGGGGCCCUGGCCCGGGACCAGCCGCCGCGGCUAUAAAUGGGCUGCGGCGAGACCAGCAGAACGCUGUGACAGCCACACGCCCCGAGGCCUCCAAGAUGAGCUACACACUGGACUCGCUGGGCAACCCGUCCGCCUACCGGCGGGUCACCGAGACCCGCUCGAGCUUCAGCCGCGUCAGUGGCUCCCCGUCCAGCGGCUUCCGCUCGCAGUCGUGGUCCCGCGGCUCGCCCAGCACCGUGUCCUCCUCCUACAAGCGCAGCGCGCUUGGCCCGCGCCUCGCCUACAGCUCGGCUAUGCUCAGCUCGGCCGAGAGCAGCCUCGACUUCAGCCAGUCCUCGUCGCUGCUCAACGGCGGCUCCGGGCCGGGCGGCGACUACAAGCUGUCCCGUUCCAACGAGAAGGAGCAGCUGCAGGGGCUGAACGACCGCUUCGCCGGCUACAUCGAGAAGGUGCACUACCUGGAGCAGCAGAACAAGGAGAUCGAGGCGGAGAUCCAGGCGCUGCGGCAGAAGCAGGCCUCGCACGCCCAGCUGGGCGACGCGUACGACCAGGAGAUCCGCGAGCUGCGCGCCACCCUCGAGCUGGUGAAUCACGAGAAGGCUCAGGUACAGCUGGACUCGGAUCACCUGGAGGAAGACAUCCACCGGCUCAAGGAGCGCUUCGAAGAAGAGGCACGGCUGCGCGACGACACGGAGGCGGCCAUCCGCGCGCUGCGCAAAGACAUCGAGGAGGCGUCGCUGGUCAAGGUGGAGCUGGACAAGAAGGUGCAGUCGCUGCAGGAUGAGGUGGCCUUCCUGCGGAGCAAUCACGAGGAGGAGGUGGCCGACCUGUUGGCCCAGAUCCAGGCGUCGCACAUCACGGUGGAGCGCAAAGACUACCUGAAGACAGACAUCUCGUCGGCGCUGAAGGAGAUCCGCUCGCAGCUCGAAUGCCACUCCGACCAGAACAUGCACCAGGCCGAAGAGUGGUUUAAGUGCCGCUACGCCAAGCUCACCGAGGCGGCCGAGCAAAACAAGGAGGCCAUCCGCUCCGCCAAGGAAGAGAUCGCCGAGUACCGGCGCCAGCUGCAGUCCAAGAGUAUCGAGCUCGAGUCAGUGCGCGGCACCAAGGAGUCCCUGGAGCGGCAGCUCAGCGACAUCGAGGAGCGCCAUAACCACGACCUCAGCAGCUACCAGGACACCAUCCAGCAGUUGGAAAAUGAGCUUCGGGGCACAAAGUGGGAAAUGGCUCGUCAUUUGCGUGAAUAUCAGGACCUCCUCAAUGUCAAGAUGGCUUUGGAUAUCGAGAUCGCUGCGUACAGAAAACUCCUGGAGGGUGAAGAGACCAGAUUUAGCACAUUUGCAGGAAGCAUCACUGGGCCGCUGUACACACACCGACCGCCCUCAGUCACAAUAUCCAGUAAGAUUCAGAAAACCAAGGUAGAGGCUCCUAAGUUAAAGGUCCAACACAAGUUUGUGGAGGAGAUCAUAGAGGAAACCAAAGUGGAAGAUGAGAAAUCGGAAAUGGAAGAUGCCCUGACAGCCAUUACAGAGGAAUUGGCUGUGUCCAUGAAAGAAGAGAAGGAAGAAGAGGCAGUAGAAAAGGAAGAGGAACAAGCUGAAGAAGAAGUCGUAGCUACCAAAAAGUCGCCAGUGAAAGCGGCUGCGCCUGAACUUAAAGAAGAGGAGGAAGGAGAAAAGGAGGAAGAGGAAGGCCAAGAGGAAGAAGAGGAGGAGGAGGAGGAGGGCGCUAAAUCAGACCAAGCCGAAGAAGGAGGGUCCGAGAAGGAGGGUUCCAGUGAAAAAGAGGAAGGUGAACAGGAAGAAGAAGGAGAGACCGAGGCCGAAGGUGAAGGGGAGGAAGCUGAAGCUAAGGAAGAGAAGAAACCGGAAGAGAAGCGUGAAGAAGUGGCUCCCAAGGAGGAGCCGGUAGCAGAAGCCAAGGCAGAGAAGCCGGAGAAAGCCAAGUCUCCCGUGCCAAAGUCCCCAGUGGAAGAGGUGAAGCCGAAAGCGGAAGCUGGAGCUGAGAAAGUCGAACAGAAAAAGGAAGAGGAGAAAGUGGAGGAAGAAAAGAAGGAAGCAGCCAAGGAAUCUCCCAAGGAAGAGAAGGUGGAGAAGAAGGAGGAGAAGCCAAAGGACGCGCCAGAGAAGAAGAAGGCGGAGUCCCCGGUCAAGGAGGAGAUGGUGGAGGAGGUCAGCAAGUCAGUAAAGGUGAGCUUGGAGAAAGAUGCCAAAGAGAAGCCGCAGCCACAGGAGAAGGAGAAGGAGAAAGAGAAGGAGAAGGCAGAAGAGGAGGGAGGGAGUGAGGAGGAAGGCAGCGAUAAGGCUUCCAAGGAAUCCAGGAAGGAGGACAUAGCAGUAAAUGGGGAGGUGGAAGGAAAGGAGGGAGAGCAGGAAACUAAGGAGAAAGGCAGUGGGGGAGAAGAGGAGAAAGGGGUUGUCACCAAUGGGCUAGACAUGAGCCCAGCGGAGGAAAAGAAGGGGGCAGACCGAAGCGAGGAGAAAGUGGUGGUGACCAAAAAGAUAGAAAAGAUCACCAGUGAGGGGGGCGAUGGUGCGACCAAAUACAUCACUAAAUCUGUAACCGUCACUCAAAAGGUCGAAGAGCAUGAAGAGACCUUUGAGGAGAAGCUAGUGUCUACCAAAAAGGUAGAGAAGGUCACUUCACACGCCAUAGUAAAGGAAGUCACCCAGAGUGACUAGGAUUUGAGUCCAUUGCAAAAGGUUAAGCCAUAUGACAAUUUUAAUAUGCAUGUGAUUGACAGCUUCAAAACAGAACGGGUUCUCCCAUGGGGGCUCCAGACAUUGAAUUUUACUUUGUGCAAUACGAGGGAACUGCAUGCAAGCUCAGGGUGCUCCCUCCUCAGUCUUUGGGUGAUUCAAAUGCAUGACAUUGUACGUUCCUGGGGAAUUGGCCAAUUUCCUAAGCUGUUGGAAGGGGGGCACUCGGGGGGGGGGGGAUGUUUUGAGAUGUAUUCUGCAAAGAACCAACUGAGCCAAAAAUAAUAAAUGAAACACAGAACUCUCUUAGCCUUAAGAAAGCUAUAUAUGAAUAAUUAUGUUUACCUCACUGGUGCAUUUAAAAUGGACUUUUGUUCAUGGGAGAACCUCGUUGACAUGCACAGUUUGCAACCUUUCGUUGAUUGAUGUUAAACGUCACAGCAGUACUUGCUCAAUAAAGGUCAUAUUGGAAACAUA